AUGAAGUACUCGACAUUUCUCGCCGCACACUUGGUGUCGUCUGCGGCUGCGCUGAAGCUUGCGCCACGACAGAACCCUAGAGCAGUAGGCCUUGAUAUCCAGCGCCGAAAUGUUGUCGACCCAGUCGCCCACGAUCGGCUGCGCCGGCGGCAAAAGACUGUCCAGGAGACGCUUGACAACCUAGAAACCCUUUACUUCGCAAAUGCAACAUUAGGCACACCGGAACAAAUCUUCCGCUUGCACAUCGACACGGGUAGCAGCGACCUGUGGGUCAACACGGUCAACUCGAAACUGUGCACCGAGCGCGGUAACCAGUGCGGCGAGUCUGGGACGUACAGCGCCAACGCAUCGUCAACAUACCAGUUUGUCAACAAUGCGUUCAACAUCUCUUAUGUCGACGGCUCUGGCGCAUCCGGCGACUACGCAACAGACACGUUCCGCUUCGGUGGCCAGACCAUCACAGACAUGCAGUUUGGCAUUGGAUACACGUCGAGUUCGCCCGAGGGCAUUCUGGGCAUUGGCUACACAAUCAACGAAGUGCAGGUCAACCGCUUUGGACUGGAGGCCUACCCCAAUUUGCCACAGAAGCUGAAGGACGACGGCACAAUCGCGAGCGUUGCCUACUCGCUGUGGCUGAACGACCUCGAUGCCUCGACCGGCAGCAUCCUCUUCGGCGGUGUCGACACGGACAAGUUCUCCGGCCAGCUUAGCACGUUGCCCAUCCUGCAGGAAUCGGGCGUGUAUGCCGAGUUCAUCAUCGCCCUGACCGACCUGGGCAUUGGCAACAACAAAACGGCGCUCUUCUCCCAUUCCAAUGUUCCUGUCCUCCUCGACUCCGGCUCGUCGCUCAUGUACUUGCCUGACAAUGUUGUGACGGCUCUUUACACGCAGUUCAACGCACGCUACGACUCCAACCAAGGCGCUGCUUUUGUCGACUGCGGCCUUGCCAACCAGGACGGCUCUCUCGAAUUUGGAUUCAGCGGCGUCACCAUCUCGGUCCCUUACAACGAGCUCGUCAUUACGGCUGCCGUCAGCCGUGGACAAGCCGUCUGCAUCCUGGGCAUUGCACCGGCGGGUAACAGCGUUGCGGUGCUUGGAGACACGUUCCUGCGAUCUGCGUACGUCGUGUACGAUCUUAGCAACAACGAGAUCUCGCUCGCCCAGACCAACUUCAACGCGACCAGCUCGAACGUCGAGGAGAUCCAGGCUGGCUCCGACGGAGUACCAGGCGUCAGCCUGGUUCCGAACGCAGUCUCGACGGCAGUCGUUGGUACGGGCGGACCGCGUGUCAACGGCCCAACGAUCACAAACAUUGUGACGUCGACUGCUGGCGCAAUGCCCAUGAUGACUGCAAGUCCGUGGGCAGCAGGUGCUGGUCUUGCCGGCGCAGGUCUGCUGAUGGGGUUCAAUGCCUUGUGA